AAAAAUAACAUCAAAAAUGAAAUAUAUCUAUUUUAUUUACUUUUUAAUCGGAUAUGUUGCUGCCGAGGAAUCAUUAAACUUACAAGCUUUAGUAGAAAAAUGUGAAUGCAACGACAUAAUCGACCAAAUUUUGUGCAAAAUAGCUGAAAAUACCAACAACACUUUGAAUUUGAAGACCAAGCUUGUAAAAGUAGUAAAAAAAACUCAAGGAUUGGUGAGAGAUCUGAAUGACAAUACUAAAGAGAUAUCUCAAAUAACUACUGAUGUUACCGACGUAGAAAAUAAACAAUCUGUUAUCGUAGACGUUGUUGAUAAACACAAUGCUACUAUCAGCUCAAUCGAUGAAAAAGUCGACGAAAUCUUAGAUAAUCAGGAAGGAACUGAAAAAGCUUUAGAGGGCUUCAGCUGUUCAGCACAACAAAUUAAGAAAACUUUAAUCCUUUUACAGAUUUGCCCAUGCAUAGACGAGAAAUGUAGUGCUCCUACCACUACAGUUGGUCCGAGAUAAUUGUUUGCUUAUUAAUUUGAAAUAUACUUACAAUAAACGGAAUUAUCUUC